AUGAGUUCAGUCGUUCAAAACCUUGAGCAUGUAGCCGUUUCGGACCCGCAGUACGGAACUACUACUACUACAUCAUCAUCGACGAUUGUGCCUCAAGAGGGGACAGCUGAUGCGGCUUCGGCGGCUCCGCUUGAUGUGUUAGCGAAUCCGCCGCCUCCUCCGCCGCCGCCGCCGGGCAGUUUCGCACCAAUGGCGUAUAAUCCUGCUGCACCGGCUGCACCAGAGGCGAUAAGGCAUCGUGAGAAAACACCACCACCGGACGAAGAUCCAUUAAACCCAUUGGCAGUGGCGGUUGCUCACGACUAUCAAAAACAACCAUUCACGCCAGCGUUUCCUCCUCAAUCACUGUUUACUCUUGCGAUGACCAGUCCUGGGCUGCCGCCGAAUAUCACCAACAGCUCCAGCUUGCCUCCUCAAUUUUCUGGGCCUCCGAGGCAGUUGAGUAUACCAACAGCCACAACUAUACCUGCAAAUUCAGCAUCUGCUUUUUCAGGGCUCCCAGGUUCUCCGGGCUUCGUACCACCGCCGCUUUCUCAACCAGCGACGCAAGUUCCAGGGCACAGCUCUGUUGCUCCUCCUGGAGGCUUCUCCAACUAUACAUACAGCCAUCAAAGUAGUGUGCGGCAAGACAGCAAAGAUUAUUCUAUACAUCAACAGUUAUAUCAGCCAACACAGGUCGAAUUUGGCGUGAAUAAUUCACAUCAAUAUCAAACUAAAACAGAACCGCGAGGAAGGUUAGAAGAGAGUGCAGGACGUCUGGAAAGAGGGGUUUCAGGCAUGCUGAAGAAGUUUGAGAAGAAGUUUGGAUAG